ACCAAUCAGUACGCUCUCGUGGUGAGCUAGCGCGAGGCUUGUGUGUAGUCCUCUGUCGGGAAGAAGCGCGUAGCCAUAGUGCGAGCUGAGAGAGCGGACCGUUCAGCGAGGUACUUCUGUACUCUUUAAUUACACCCCACUUUAAGCACCAAGUCAUCCAGCCUUCAGGAUGGCAAAAGGUGACCCAGCAAAGCCAAAGGGCAAAAUGUCUGCUUAUGCCUAUUUUGUGAAGACCUGUCGUGAGGAGCACAACAAGAAGAACCCCGGGGUUUCUGUGAAUUUCUCCGAAUUCUCCAAGAAGUGUUCAGAGAGAUGGAAAGUUAUGUCUCCAAAAGAGAAGACUAAGUUUGAGGAAAUGGCCAAGCAGGACAAAGCUCGCUAUGACCAAGAAAUGAUGCACUACAAUCCAGGCAAAAGGGGCAGAAAGAUGAAGAAGGACCCUGGUGCACCAAGGAGGCCACCGUCGGGAUUUUUCCUGUUUUGCUCUGAACACAGGCCCAGUAUCAAAGCUCAGAAUCCCAGCAUGGGUAUUGGUGAUGUGGCAAAGAAGCUUGGAGAGAUGUGGAACAAUCUGUCUGAUUCUGAGAAGCAACCCUUCCUUUCAAAAGCCAAUAAACUCAAGGACAAAUACCAGAAGGACAUGGCAGACUACAAGAGCAAGGGGAAAGUGGGUGGAGGGAUGUCAGCAAGCAAAGCGAAAUCCAGGGAUGAUGACGACGAUGACGACGAUGAUGAUGAUGAAGAGGAGGAGGAAGAAGAUGAAGAUGAUGAUGAGGAAGGUGAUUAAAGGACUUUGUAUCCUUAAUCUGACACUAGGGGGUGUUGCAAUCAUCACUGCCAGUGUGAAAUGAAAUGAGUCAGUGUAUUUGGCACCCAUGGAGAAGCCCAACUUCUGUAAGCUAAGACUAAAUGUAUUAUCUUACAGAAGGUCUGGACUUGCAGUAUGCUUUUGUUCAUGCUACCCCAAAGUUUUUCAAAGAAAGGGGAAAAAUGUUUUUGCUGUUUAGCCAUAAACCUCUGGUAGCACAAGGAUACAUGCAUGUCUUAAAGUUGUUUAAGGUUGUUUUGAUUCAUCUUAGAAUGUACAUUUUAUUUUUCUAUUUUCCCAGCUUGGAGUUGUACAGUUUAAUUUGGCAGAACAAUGUAGCAAAAUGCAAGUUUUUGUUGGCAAGUGCUGGAGGUUGUUUUAAGCUCAGCCACUGUCUGUAGGGUUUCCCCUUGACUUGAUUUUGGAAUUUUGGGUGAAUGCACUGAACCAUUUGCAGAAUGUUUUUUGGACUUAACCAGUUUAACAUGGUUACAAGCUCUAUCUGGUUAAUCCCUUAUUUGUGCUGUUUUUUAUGCAUAGGUAAAACUGUUAUUUAAAAUAUGUUUUAGAUCUAGGAGUUGUGUUUAUUUUUAUGUAAAAUGUUACAUGUGAUUUUUGUUUUGAUUAUAAUGGCAUAUUCUUAUAAUUUGUUGCUGUUGUAUGAAUAUUUAUGGGAAUAAAGUGGUCAACAUUGAUGCAA